AACAGAAACAACUAAUUUUAAUAUUUUAUCAUAUAAAAUACACAUCUUUCUGCUUCUUUUCCCCAGUUUCAACAGCAAUUUUUUCUUGCCAAAAUAAAGAAACCCACCAACAUAUGAUCUUGGAUAUUGGUGUGGCAAGAGGUUUAUGCAUGUUAGGAGACACAAGAUCAUGAGUGUUCCACAAACUGCAACUAGCCCUCCUCCACAUCUGUAUCCACAAGAACUUCAGCUUAAGCUUUACCAGGCCUUCAUAUUCUCAAUUCCCAUACUCUUUUCCAUCAUUCUCUUUCUCCUCUUUUACUUGUUCUACCUCAAGAGAAGGGCUUCCUCUCUCUCUUCCUCUUCCCCUCACUUACUUCCCAGGAGUAUUGCCAACCCAUCAACCACCACUCCCUAUCAUUCCUCACCUUGUCAUUUGGAUCUGACACUCCAAUUCCUGGAUAAACUUCCAAGAAUUUUGUUCGAUGAGAAUUUGCUAGCAAGGGAUUCACUAUGUUGUGUGUGUCUGGGGGAGUUUGAGCUGAAAGAAGAGGUGCUACAGAUUCCUUAUUGCAAGCAUGUGUUCCACAUUGAUUGCAUACAUCACUGGCUUCAAUCAAACUCCACUUGUCCACUUUGUAGAUGUUCCAUCAUCCCCACUACCAAGUUCCUCAAUCCAACACCGCCUAUUAAUAUUAUAUCAGACCCACCUCACCAUGGUGCUAUCAUUUCGGAGUCUCCAUUACCAUUACCAUUACCACCUCAACCAGAACACCAUCAAGUUAGUGCUUCCUCAAAUACUGCUAUUUUGUCAAGGGAAUGAUACAAUAGUUUCAUUACUAUAAUAAUGGCCAUUAAUUUGAAAGGAGGGGGUAUUCAACUACACCAAGAUAAUGUAGUUGGCUACAUUUAAGGAGCAAAACCAACAAUUUGUGAAAUAAAAUUUUACCCUUCUAUUUGUACAUUAUUUGGUAUAUUUUGUGAAAUGUGAAACACAGCUUCUGCUGUCAUGACCUUUUUGGAUUGCUUAUUUAACCUGCAUAACCAAUUACACUAGCUUUACUCCAUGACAUAUUCAUGUAUGAUUGAUUUUGCCUUUUGUGGACUUCAGUCCUUUCAUUUAUCGUUUUCGUGCUUAAAAAAUGAUUGGUUAAAAAGGAUAGCAGACGUUUGUCUUGUCACUUUACUGAAUCCUAGGUAACGAUGAUGAACAUAAAUAAAAUGUUCCUGCAAAAGUCCUUGAGCUCCGAACCUUUAUCUGUGAAGGGAAAAAGCUUGUGUGCAAAGAAUCUCUGUUGUAGUACUUAGUGCAAAUGAAAAUCAUGCAAGUCUUGGAAAGGCAUCACUCAGUCAAAGAUUUUCCAGGAAAUUUAAUUACCACGGCUUUUGGAACAAAUUAUCAACUCCGUCCAAAUA